CCCCAAACAUCUUCCCAUCCAUCCAUCCAUCCACACGCGCACACCUCACCCUCUUCCUCAACCUCACAAGGGCAUCCUCGCAUACGCGCUGCUCAACACCCCCCUCCAAGCUCCCGCAUCUCCUUCCGCUUCUCGCACACCCGCCUCACUCGAUUGUUCACGAUGCUCCCCACACCCGCGCAUCAAGGUCUAUCGCUGCUGGUGGGCGUAAAGAGAUGCGUGGAUUAUGCCGUCAAGAUUCGUAUCAGACCGGAUGGAAAGGGUGUGGAUACGGACGUAAAGAACAGCAUGAACCCUUUCGACGAGAUUGCCGUGGAGGAAGCCGUCAGGUUGCGCGAAAAGCACAAAGAUGAGAUUAGCAGAAUCGCCGCCGUAUCCAUCGGACCUGCCAAGGCUGCGGAUGUUCUGCGUCAGGCACUGGCCAUGGGCGCCGAUGAUGCCAUCCACGUCGAGGUGGGCAAAGAUGCGGUGUUGGAGCCUUUGGCAGUAUCCAAGAUUCUAGCUGCAGUGACGGCCAAAGAGAUGGAGAAGAAUGCAGACGAAAAGGAAGCUUGGGCUUGGCACUUGGGCAAGCAAGCCAUCGACGAUGAUGCCAGUCAGACGGGACAGAUGUUGGCUGCAAAGUUGAAUUGGCCUCAAGCUACUUUUGCCAGCAAAUUGGACUUCAAGGGCAAAUUCGCAAAGGGGGAAAAGGUAGAGGUGACCAGAGAAGUCGAUGGCGGUUUGGCAACUGUAGAGACCACGCUGCCCUUUGUCCUCACCACCGAUCUCAGACUCAACGAACCUCGAUACGCUUCGCUGCCCAACAUCAUGAAGGCCAAGAAGAAGCCCUUUCAGAAGUUGACGUUGAAGGAUCUGGGUCUGGAAGAGGAUGCAAAGCCUAGAUUGGAGACGUUGGAGGUCAAGGAACCUCCAAAGAGGCAGGGAGGCGCAAAGGUCGGAAGUGUGGAUGAGCUGGUCAGCAAGUUGCAAGAGGCUGGAAGAAUCUGAAAAGGGGGGAAAGGGGAAAUCGGACAAAAACAGCUUAAUUGGUCUGUUUCAUCCAAGCAUCGCUUUCAGAAGUCUUGACUGACGAUGGAUGGAGAGAGGCUCGAGUGGGUGGAUGGGUGGGGCCAAGCUGAAAGAGAAGAGCAGCUUUAGCAGCUAUCAUCUGUCGCUAUUCAUCCGUCACCUUCAUCGACCAGGCUUCAUCGAUCGUCGGUCAAUCAACCCCAAUCCUAUUGCUAGCCCCCCACGCACGUCCAUCGCCUCGUCUCGCCUCAUCGCAAGGCUGAUCCAUCCCUCCCCAAUACGCUACUCGACAUCUCUCUUUCCCCCCUCCCCCUUCCAACUCGCUUUGCAAAUCUUCUCAUGACCGUUAGAAAUACAUGUCAGAUCAGAGGAAAUCUUCUUGCGCACAAGCUUUCGAUUUUGCCCGAAAAGAGAGGGGGGAAGAAGAAAAUUGUGAAUGGG